UGAUGUUUCCCCUUCUAUUGAUGCUUCAAACUUUGAGUUUUCACUGAUUUGGGGGCUUGGGAGUCCGGCACAACAACGAAACCAAGUUCGGCUCGACACCCUCAGACAGACGGGCAGACGGAGCGGGCACAUUAGACCGCUCAAAUGAUGCUUCGUACGCUCAUCCAUCCGGACCAGAAAGAUUGGGUUGACCGCCUCCCCGACAUUGAGUUCGCCUACAACACUUCGGUGCAUCCGGCGAUCGGCGUGACUCCAUUCGAGUUGCACCACGGUGGACGGAAAGGYCGGAUCUUCGCCGACCUUCUCCUCCCUCGACCAGSCGACAUUGACGCUGCCUGCUCUCCCUCUUCCGUCCGGAAGUACAGGGAAUUGCUGACUCAAGCCCGCGCAAAUAUGCAAAAGGCUCAAGUCCGCAUGCAGCAGCAAGCCAACAGGCGUCUCGUACCAUGUCCCAUCCGCGYCGGUGAUCUGGUUUGGGUCUCCGCGGAAGAGUUUGCACUCGAACAGGACGUUUCACGCAAACUGCUUCCCAAGUGGUUUGGACCUUGGUCGGUGACAGCAGCCGCGGGCGAUGAGCACGAUGGCCCUUCAUUUGUGAUCAACAUUCCAGAGCAUCUGACGGUCCAUCCGGUCUUCCACGCCUCGAAGCUGGCAACUUACACGCCAGCCAAGAGCAACGACUUUCCGGACCGACGAUCGCAGGACCCUCCUUCUAUGGAUGGCCAUCAGGAAGUUGACCGCGUCAUCUCCGAUCGCAAGUACGGCAGCAAGCCGCGGCAGUAUAAAGUCACAUUCAAAGCAUGCGAUCGCGACGACACUUGGUGGAUAUCAGGCGCAGAUUUGAAAGCAUCCGCACUGCUGAUCUUCGCGCAUUAUGAAAAGCGCAGGUUAGCUCAGGAAGCUUCACGACCAGCCCCUCCCACCCGGACUGUGGUCCCUCCCUCAGACAGACAGCUUCGCCCUCGCAGGUAAGCUCGGUUCUUCAAGGAGGGGGGGGGGUGGCAUACUGCGUAGCCACACGGGCCCUGCAGGGCCCGUCCCGGACAUUCAGCCUAAAAGC